AUGGCCUUCACACCCCGAGGAGGCCGCGGCGGUGGUGAUCGCGGAGGACGAGGUGGCGGACGAGGUGGACGUGGUGGAGCUCCCCGUGGUGGUGGCCGUGGAGGUAUGCACAUGGACACAUCUUGAGCAAAAUUUUGACAAUCGCUAACGCUGUGGAAGGCUUCGGCGGCGGCGACCGUGGACGAGGCGGAGCAAGAGGUGGACGAGGCGCACCUCGCGGUGGCGGCAGAGGCGGUGCUCGUGGUGGACGCGGCGGCGGAAAGCCAGGCGCAAGGGUACGAAGCACACAUCAAGGUGGAAACGACGCACAUGGUAUCUAACAAAUACACAGGGAGGCCAGAGGGUCAUCAUCGAGCCACACAGACAUCCUGGUGUCUUCGUUGCCCGCGGCAAGGAAGAUCUGCUUGUCACCAAGAACUUGACUCCCGGCGAAGCAGUCUACGGCGAGAAGCGCAUUUCCAUCGACACUCCCGCUGCGACUACUGGCGAUGCAGCAACCAACGGCGAUGCGCCAGCAACCAAGACUGAGUACCGUGUGUGGAACCCCUUCCGCUCGAAGCUGGCAGCUGGUAUCCUAGGUGGUUUGGAUAAGAUCUACAUGGGACCGGGCAAGAAGGUCCUCUACCUGGGUGCUGCUUCCGGAACUUCAGUAUCACACGUUGCCGACAUUGUCGGUCCUACUGGUACCGUUUUCGCUGUCGAAUUCUCUCACCGCUCUGGCCGUGAUCUCAUCAACAUGGCCACACACCGCACCAAUGUCAUCCCGAUCAUCGAGGACGCCCGUCACCCGCUCAAGUACCGUAUGCUCGUCAGCAUGGUCGACUGCAUCUUUGCAGACGUUGCUCAGCCCGAUCAAGCACGUAUUGUCGGUCUCAACGCUCAUCAGUUCUUGAAGGUGGGCGGUGGUGUUGUCGUCUCCAUCAAGGCCAACUGCAUCGACAGCACAGCCGCCCCAGAAGCCGUCUUCGCACGUGAAGUCGUCAAGCUCAGGGAAGAGAGGAUCAAGCCACAAGAACAGCUCACUCUCGAGCCUUUCGAGAGAGAUCACGCGAUGGUUGUUGGUGUUUACCAGCGGUCAGGUUAA